UUCCCGCACCUGCUGGCUGCUUGAAGCAUUGAGCACGAACAUUCCAUUCACAAUUUUAAGGACGAGUUUCACCGAUGAACAAUUUGAGUUGUUUUGAGCUUUGAACUACUCCACUAACUAUUGACUGUCGUGACUACCAGUUAAAUGUCCUUCGCUCAGCCUCUCUUCUCCGUCCCUGCACCUCCCUCCACACCCACUCAGUGUCACCGAUUUCCCCUCGAACGCAAGAACCAAUCGUUCAAACGCACAGUCCUCAAUCUGAAUCUCGCCGCGCCGCCUCAUGGGUCGAAUCCCUUCGCUCCCAAAUUCGUUCCAAUUUUUCUGCGAAGCCAUUUCCACGUGCAUUCAAACGACUUCCGCUGGCAUUCAACCGGACAAUUUUGCUUUUCCGGCCGUUCUGAAGGCCAUCGCCGACCUUCAAGACUUGAACGCUGGCAAGCAGGUCCAUGCCGCAGCCUUGAAACUCGGAUGCAGUGCGUCCUCGCUGACCGUGGGUAAUACCCUUGUUAACAUGUAUGGAAAAUGUGGAGAUUUGGGUGAUGUCUGCAAGGUGUUUAAAAGAAUUACUGAGAAGGAUCAGGUGUCUUGGAACUCGUUGAUUGCUUCGCUGUGCCGCUUUGAGGAGUGGGAACUUGCGUUGGAGGCGUUUCGGUUAAUGCAAUUGGAGAAUAUGGAGCAUAGUUAUUUUAGUUUGGUGAGUGUAGCACUCGCAUGUUCCAACAUAGGGAAGCGUGAUGGCUUGCAGCUUGGGAAGCAAGUUCAUGGGCAUUGUUUAAGAAUUGGAGACGACAAAACGUUUACAAACAAUGCUUUAAUGGCUAUGUAUCCCAAACUUGGGAAAGUUGACAAAUCUAAAGCUGUAUUUGAGCUUUUUGCGAACCAUGAUAAAGUUUCGUGGAACACCAUGAUAAGCUUAUUUUCACAAAAUGCUCGCUUUUAUGAGGCACUGCUUUUCCCGCGCCUUAUGCUUGAUGAAAGAUUGAGGCCUGAUGGGGUCACCAUUUCAAGUUUUCUCCCUGCCUGCUCUAAUUUAGAGUUGUUAGAUAUUGGGAAGGAAAUUCACGCCUACGCCUUGAGAAAUGAUGAAUUGAUUGAGAAUUCUUUUGUGGGUAGUGCUUUAGUAGGCAUGUAUUGCAAUUGCCGGCAAGUUGAAAGCGGCCGUCGAGUUUUCAACAAUUUCAUAGACCGGAAACUAGGCCUAUGGAAUGCUAUGAUUGCUGGUUGUGUGCAGUGUGAAGAAUUCUCUGAUAGAGAAGGUAUUCAUGGGUAUGUUGUGAAAUUAGGCUUUGAGAAGGAUGUAUUUGUUAAAAAUGCAAUCAUGGAUAUGCACUCUUAAGAUGGGAAAGAUUGAAGUUUCAAAGAGUAUAUUUGAUAGCAUGGAGGUUAUCAAUUUCGGCCUUGGUGCCUUCCAGCAUCUGGGAUUUCCGGUUGAGCGCGGCCCGAAGUGUUCGUCUCUCUUUUCUCAGAGCCACCACUUCUUUUUCUAAUUGCAUGAGCAAAGUCUUCAGUUGUUUGAUUUCCCUGCCGUAGAAGGUAGCUGGCUUAUCUUUCCUCUGUUUCGUCUGCUGAUUUUCUAUCAUCGCUUUCUCCUUCGGACAUGGCUCCCCUUGCAACCUUUGCAACAAGUCUUUUCUAGUCGAUUUGACAUAAGUGGUAGAUGUUCCGGAAGUCCCUUUGAAUUGGGGGUUCACUCGAUUGACCCACCAUGCCUCGUAGCUUCCUUUAGUUGUGAAGGUUUUAUCACCUGGGUCCACCAAGUGCACAUGGUUUCAGGCCACAGUAAAUUUUAUGAUCUGAUCUUGGGCAUUUAUUGUUGCAUAAGCAAAGUCUGAUUUUGCCAACCCAUGGGUUGCCGACACAAAUUAAGAUGCCCCAACCUGCCUCCUGACCAUCAAAGGAGUGUAUGCUACUCCUCCCAUAGACCUAGUAACAGGACUCAUGGGAGAUUUCCGCAUCAGUAUAUCAUAUUGGAAUGACUCAUCCACGGUGCUUGCCAGAUUAAUCCUAACUUGUGCAAUUUUUCAUUUUAAUCGGCCUUGCUCCGCUGGACCAUGUGCUGGGCCCCUUCAAACUCGGCUAAAAGAAUUCUGAGAGCCGAAAAGGUGCUACGAUACCCUCCUUGGUCGCCUGGCAGGUGACUAGAGAACCAAACGUAGAGUAAGAGAAUGCAACACUUCAAUCGUUCCUGACCUUUGCUCCUACACCCGUUAAGAGAUUGGAAAGUUUUUGCCAAAAUGUCGGGAACCAAGUUAACUCCAUUCUUUACUUGUGCCAUGAAAGAAACAAUGGCUCGAUCAAUGGUUCCCAGUUGAAUAAAUAAAAAGCUUUGAAUAUAGCAAAGAUUUAAACACUAUA